GACGUGCCAGUUCUGUUGGCAGCUUCCUCCGUCCGAUUACACAUGCUCUAACCCUACAAACUGCAAGACGGUCUCGUGUCCGCGGGAACGGUACCGGGCCAAUUGCACAGUGAAGGAUCAUAUUCACUGCCUAGGUAAUCGAACCUUUCCCAAGAUGCUUUACUGCAACUGGACUGGAGGGUAUAAAUGGUCGACAGCUUUGGCCCUCAGGAGCUCCACGCCCACUUGAACGGCUCUAUCAGUUCGGAGACGAUGAAGAAAUUAAUGGCGCAAAAGCCGAACCUUCAGGUUCCUAAUGGGAUGACCAUGAUUGACAAGGGGCAGAAAAGGAGCCUAGAAGAAUGCUUUCAGAUGUUUCAGAUCAUCCAUCAAGUUACCAAUAGAACCGAAGAUAUAUUGAUGGUAACCAAGGAUGUUAUUCGGGACUUUGCUGCAGAUGGUGUCAAAUACCUGGAGUUAAGGAGCACGCCCAGAGAGGAGCAAGCCACAGGUAUGACCAAACAAGCGUAUGUGGAAGCUGUCCUCGAAGGUAUAAGGCAGUGUAAAGAAGAAAAACUGGAUAUAGAUGUUAGGUUUCUAAUCUCGGUGGAUCGAAGAGGGGGACCGGCUGUCGCCAAGGAGACCGUGAAACUGGCGGAGAAGUUUCUGCUCUCCACAGAUGGGGUGGUCGUAGGGCUUGACCUCAGUGGAAAUCCAACUGUAGGACACGGCAAGGAUUUCUUGGAACCCCUCUUGGAAGCUAAGAACGCAGGCCUGCGGCUGGCUUUGCACCUGUCGGAGAUCCCCGGCCAGGACGAAGAGACCAAACUCCUCCUGGGCCUGCCUCCUGACCGGAUCGGACACGGCACCUUCCUUCAUUCUUCAUCGCCGGUGUCUGAGGAUCUGGUCCAGCUUGUCAGACGCCAUCGUGUUCCUCUUGAAAUCUGCGUGACCUCAAACCUCAAAGGGCAGACCGUGCCUUCGAGCGAGCGCCACCAUUUUGGAUUCUGGUACAACAUGGGUCAUCCAGUUGUUCUUUGCACCGACGAUAAAGGUGUGUUUGCCACGGAUCUGUCUCGGGAGUACCAGCUGGUUUCCGAUACGUUUCAGCUGUCCCAAGCACAGAUGUGGGACCUCUCUUACAACGCCAUCGACUACAUUUUUGCUGGCGCCCACACCAAAGCCGAGCUAAAGGAAAAGUGGAACCAGUUGAAACCAUCUCUGCUUCAGUAG